CAACCUUAUCCAAAAAUAAUAAUAUUAUAUACUAUAUAUUUUGUUUGGGAUCUACCCGAAAGGUCUUAUAAAUACCAAAUGUUCUGCUCGCAAAAAAACAGUUUAAUUGUACGACUUGGAAUGAUCAACAUGCGUGUAAUUUUCGUGGCGUUCGCAGUGGCUCUGCUGGGAGUGGUUGGUGCCACUUCGCUGUCCAGGACCUAUUUGCCUCCCCAAGUGCAGGUGGUGCGACCCCAGGUGAUCUCCGUUCCGAGGGUUCAGGUUCAACCGCAGAUCAUCCACCGUCAGGUGAUUCAGCCACAGAACACCUAUCUGCCCCCCGCCCCCAGGGUGGUGCCUCAAGUGAUCCCCGCCUACCGUCCUGCUGCACAAGUGAUCUCCGUGGCUGCUCCUCGCAACACCUACCUGCCACCUGCCCAAGUGAUUUCCCGUCCUGCUCCCCAGGUGGUGUCCAUUUCUCGUCCUGUUGCCCAGGUGAUCUCGGUGGCUGCCCCUCGCAACACCUACCUGCCACCCCAGGUGAUCGUUCCCCGCAACACCUAUCUGCCACCCCAGGUGAUCGCUCCCCGCAACACCUACCUGCCACCCCAGUAA